AGAGAGACGUGUUUUCGGCAUUGGUUAGAUCAAUGGAUGGAAUAAAGCUAGGAGUUUUUCAUUUGUAACUAUGGUGUCAUGAGUUCAGUCCGAUCGAGACCGUCCCGGCGACAACUCGCCCGCCCACCUUCUGAUCUGACGGUGAAGUCGAGCCAUGGGGAUGUCGACGCCGGAGCAGACGAUCCGAGUUCACGAGAUCUUUCUGUCAGUAGAGUUGCAGGGAGACUUGAGAAGAUAUCCAGCAUACAGAAAUGCCUUGAGUCUGAUCCAGUGGACAUUACCUCACUCCGUCAGCUGGCAAUUAGUCGCGGGGGACUGAUCAACGAUGAGCUCCGACGUAAAGUGUGGCCAGAACUGCUGGGUGUGGAUGUGUCCAGCAUACCCCCUAAACCAGACCAGUCAGUAUUGAUAGCACACAGAGAUUAUAACCAGGUUGUCUUGGAUGUGAACAGGUCAUUGAAGCGAUUUCCACCAGGUAUGGAGGAGGAGAAGCGCCUGGGCUUACAGGAUCAGCUGGUGGAUGUCAUAAUGAGGAUUCUUGUCAACCAUAAUGAACUGCAUUAUUAUCAGGGCUACCAUGACAUCUGUGUGACAUUCCUGUUAGUUGUUGGGGAGGACCUUACCUUUGCCCUAGUCGACCAGUUAUCUACUAACCAUUUAAGAGAUUUCAUGGAUGUAAAUAUGGAGAGAACUAACCACAUACUGAACUACCUAUAUCCAAUUGUGGAACAGGCCAGUCCCAAACUUUGUGAGUUCAUGGAGAGGUCAGAAGUUGGGACCAUUUUCUGCCUAAGUUGGUUAAUCACAUGGUAUGGUCAUGUGCUGACAGAGUUUCGACACAUUGUGCGUUUAUAUGACUUCUUCAUUGCGUGCCACCCACUUAUGCCUAUCUACUUAUGUGCUGCUAUUGUACUUUAUCGUGAGUCAGAGAUUUUAUCUAGUGAAUGUGAGAUGUGCGUGCUGCACUGUUUGCUGUCUAAAAUCCCCGAGAACCUGCCGUUUGAACAGUUAAUUAGUAAGGCAGGUGACCUAUACCUCCAGUACCCUCCUACAGAUCUCGCAAACCAGGCCCUCAUUAAGUUCAAGAACAGGAAUCUUAGUAAACUUGAGAAAAACAAUCAGUUAUCCUCCUCUCCGGUAAAGCUGUUGAAAAAGCCCGGUCAGAAAGCGUUACAGGUUGCGUCGGCAGACCAGUCACAAGGGGGAAGUGUCUUAGUCAAAGUGACAGUGUGGACACUGACAGCAGCCCUGAGUGCUGCAGUGUGGGCCGUGUGGAACUCGGCUGCUGAUUGGGGCUGGUACUGACCAGUCAUAUCAUAAGAAGAGUGAAAGGUUUAUGCGAUUGACACUGAGUUACCUCCCUUAGUUGGUGCAUUAAGUAUGUAGCUCGUCCAUGCUCCUAGUUUUCCCGCCUGACAAGAAGAUGCUGUAAGCGUUGCAGAUGACAAGUCUAUAUGACACCCUAGUGCCACUGCCUGUGUAGUUAAAAUGGCCAACAAAUUGAGUGAAGGUUUUUUUUUAUGCGAUAAGUACUUCAUAUGUGAUCUAACUUUCUACAAAUAACUAAUCUCCUAGCAUCUUGUGUGUCUCACCUUAGUGGCAUAGCCUUCCAGCAGAAAGUCUGGUAACAGAGCCAUUGAAAAGUCCUGAAUACAACAACAACAUACACAUGGUGUGAGUUAAUUCUGAUCCGAGUUUCUUUACUAUAAAUUGUUCGCAAACUACUUCUCUACGACACCAAUUUUCUCCACAUGUAGUUUUUAGCAUGAAAACAGGAAUACGUCUCUGCACAAGUCAUGCAGGGGAGUGCCAAUCACAGUUAAGUGUCAUAUUAUCUAUGAUGUUGUAUCAGGAACACUAGCAGUAUAGCACUAGGUUUCAUGGGACUAGCAGAUAAUUUUAGAAUAUUGCUCAUUUACAUCAGUUCUUGUUUGUCUGAGUCACUCGAUCACUGUUGUUGUAAAUCUACUACUGAUGUCUAUGUAACGAAUGUUUUUGCUGUGAUCCCUACAUGUUAAGAAUCAUACUGAAAAUAUCUCCACUCUUAAAAUAAAUUACAUGUAGAAAUAAAAAUUAUUUGAAAUAACCAAUUGAGUCACUGAAAAUAUCAAAAAUACCUCACCAUAUAAGGACAUUUCUAUGGAAAAAGUCAUCUUGAUUAUCCAAUAUCAAGCCUUAAUUUUUUUUAUUGCAAUGAGAUGAAUGGCAUGUUUUUUUUUGUCAGAAAAAUAAGUUAAUGCUGUUUAAGUUGAGACUAAAAAUCAAGAUGCAGUUAAUUGUGGCAUAGUUAAUAAGUUUAAUGAACAGCUUAUAUUUGUUUCUUGAACUUUUUUAACUUAAGUGGAACCUUUUUGACAAAAUUGUAGAAAAUUGAAAUUCAGAACUCAGAUGUAGGCCUACUUGUUUAAUGAUUUUUGAUUUUCCACUUCCAGAUGAAAAAUUAUAUCUUUAAGGUUUUGUUUUUUAAAUCUAAAUUGACCCCAUUCAUAACUAUGCUUCUUUUGCAUACCGUUAUGUAAUGUUAUGUAAUAUCAUACCUAUCAGCGAGAAAGUACAUUAUAUUUGAAUUCUUGGAAAUCUGAUACAAAGAGUAAAAUUGUGACUUUGUUUACUGGAUCAUGAAUGCUCAGCGUAUAUGUGUAUGUAACAUUGAGUUUUAAGCACGACAUGAAAACAGAAGUCUGUGAAAAAGAUUUUGUCCCCCUCCAGAUUUUUGCAUGUGGGUAUUGUUGUUACCUUUCCAUAUUACAUGUGUUACCUUGUUAUCUGGGUAUCUUAUCAUUCCUGCAAUUAUAAUGUCUACAAACUUGCAUUAGUCAAACAACUGUAGUUAUCUCCCCUUCAAGGUGCACAGCUAAGUCUGUUUCCAAAGAUGCAUUUUGAUGGCAUUUUCUUAAAUACAGUGGGUAUUUGAUGAACCAGUCACAUCUGAUAUAACAUCUAUGCCAACAUACAGAGAAAACAAAUGUCACCCUAGUAAAUGCGAUUGAUAUAUUAUAACAGCACAACAGUUUUCAGAUAUAAACAUCAAUGGAAUCUAUAUCAGAAAGUUGCAAUAUACAUUACAAAAGAUGUACAUGUAAUUAUAAUGUAAUGUUUUUGUGACAAGGAAAUUGAUGUACUUAAUACAAGGGGCAGAACUACCUGUACAUGUAUCUCAUUAGAUAGGGCGCAUCAUUUCUAAAAUAGGACCAACCCUUACCAUUUCAGGGCUGCUCGGUGAAGAUACUCAUAUGCUUUAAAAUUACAGAUUUGCGUUUGAUUGGUUAGUAGCAGACACAGUAAGAGCUUUUCCAAUUAAAUUCCAGCUCUGUGGAUCAUCCUAGAAUUUUCUUGAUUUAUGGCCUGUUCAAAGUUUUCAGGCAUUAGUGGCCUAAAAAGUCAAGCAAUAUCUACAACAUACAUACUGUAACGGUUGUUGAAAAGGUUGAAGAAUUAGGGUAUACAGGUUUAAGAGCUUGGAAAUAUCCUGUAACCAAAUUAAAAUCAUAUGGUAAAGACAGACUGUACACCAAAACUGCAAAACUAUGCUGGGUCUGUCGCCGUUAUAGGAAUGUGCAGUGGUGGCAAAUGCUGCAAGAUUUCCCUGGCAUGCAUUUAUUAGUUCUUUCUACUAUUUACACAAAGAUGUUGACGUACAUGUAUAAAUCGUAAACAUGGCAUAACUUUCCAUCAGUUGACAUUUUGCCAUCAUUCCUGACAGUAAUCUGAUGCUAGGUCACACUUUGGAUAUGCACAACAUUGUGAAAUCUGUAUACAUUGUACGCCCAAGUUGUCAGUUCUAGCACAGCCCAUGCAGUCUGGUACAUUCAUUUGCUGUGGCUUGUGUUUGUAAAGUUGAACAAGAUUGUAUAUUUGUUAUUAUAACUUAUGCUAAUGUCUACAUGAAUAUGCUAUAA